CGUCGGUCGGUGGCACCCUCGUGCUACCUAUCAUCUUCCUCCUUUAUAUCCUUCACCGCUUCCUAAGCAUAUCCCCGAUCCACAGACCGCUCAUCAAUAAUCCCCUCCGCCCGAACUUGAUCACAAUGUCUUCCCCCGCCCCACUUCUCCGACCUCCCAUCCCCGGCGCUCGAAGCAAUAGCGCAUCGAGACCACCACGACUUGGCCUUGCGAUACCCCCCUCACCCAAUGUACGACCAGUUGUAAAUGGCUCGACGAGCAUCCCGGAGCUACCCAAACUUUCCACAUCCGAACCACCUGGUCUCCGACUAAACACACCCAUGGGAACCAAUGCUACUCCACAAGAAGGCGCUCGUCCGCAACGGAGACGACCGCCACUGCUCAUUCCGGGUAUAUCGGCAGGUGGGUCGAGUGAUACGAGUGAUCUAUCAGGAAGUGUGGGGGGUGAAUCACAAAUGGGUCUGCCUACUUCGGCCACGUCAAUGGCAGACUACGCUGCUGCCAUUCGAAAAGAACCAAUAUCUGCCGGUUCCUCAUACUCUGGGGAUGGGAAGGAAGGGGGCGCCCCCAUGGAGCGAGAGAAUAGUGUCAGCGCCUUGCUACCGGACCUGGAAGCCUUGAGCUUGGAGAAAGGGAGACCGCUGGACGUGGACGAUUUGGAUGAUGCUAGCUGGAAAGCUGCUAGUAGGGAUGGCCGUAUUGAAGAACUCGGGAGCUUAGGAGAAGGUGCUGGCGGGGCCGUGACGAGAUGCAAAGUGAGAGGGGGAAAAACGGUGUUUGCACUGAAGAUCAUCACCACCAACCCGGACCCCGAUGUCAAGAAGCAGAUCGUGCGAGAGUUAAGCUUCAACAAGCAAUGUGCGUCGGACCAUAUCUGUCGAUACUACGGCGCUUUCAUGGACGAUAGCUCCGGGACCAUCAGCAUUGCUAUGGAAUACUGCGAGGGUGGCUCUCUUGACAGCAUCUACCGUGAAGUCAAAGGCCUGGGCGGACGAACCGGAGAAAAGGUCCUCGGAAAGGUCGCUGAAGGAGUACUCAAGGGUCUGACCUACCUCCAUGAGCAUCGUAUCAUCCAUCGCGACAUCAAACCCUCGAACAUUCUGUUGUGCCGCGACGGCCAAACGAAACUUUGCGAUUUUGGGGUUUCUGGGGAGUUCGGAACCAAAGGCGAUGCGAAUACGUUCAUUGGAACAAGUUAUUAUAUGGCCCCUGAAAGGAUCACUGGCCAGUCAUAUACCAUCACUAGCGAUGUGUGGAGCACGGGAGUUACUCUACUGGAAGUUGCUCAACACCGAUUCCCAUUCCCGGCCGACGGAACCGAAAUGCAACCUCGAGCUGGCCUGAUCGACCUUCUCACCUACAUCGUUCGACAACCGAUUCCGGUCCUGAAGGAUGAACCGGAGAGCGGCAUCAAGUGGAGCGGGAAUUUCAAAUAUUUUAUCGAGUGCUGUCUCGAGAAGGACCCAGCCCGACGAGCUACACCAUGGAAAAUGCUUGACCAUCCAUGGAUGGAAGAGAUGAAAGCAAAGAAGGUCAAUAUGGAACACUUCUUGCGACAGGUGUGGGAUUGGAAGGAUUAAGCAAGGUUGAAUGACCGCAAGUCGACCAGCGACUUUGAGUGCCUCAGGGUGCCUUUCAUUCCAAGGCACUCUGCUGUAGAACAGAGGAAUCACCGCGCCGCGGGCAACUUUGGGAAUAUAAGAGGUAUAUU